GCAGGAACUGUUUAUCUGAAGAACGCAAUGAGUAGCAGAACACCAGGCGCUGACUCAGGCAGCACAGGAACGCUGGCUGCAUUCCGUCUUCCACGGGAAAGUGUUUUCCCAGGCUGGUUCCCCGAUCGGGCCGGGGGGUGGGUGAGGGGGGGAGUCCCAGGGACUCGCAAACGCCGGGGCCUGGGCGCCCAGCAGCGAGACGACUCCCAGCGGGGGUGGCCCGCCACCGCGCCAAGGUGCUUCCCCCGCCCAGGGAACCGACCGACUGGCCGGCAACCGCGCCAGGGAGCGUUCCUCCAAGGGACAAAGGUUGGGCUGGCACCGCGGCGCCGGGCUCAGCCUGGGGUUCCCCAGGGGACCCUCGCGGGGCGGCGGGUCUGGGAGGGGGUGCGAGCCCCGCCGCCCCUCCCCCGCCGCGCUCCCGGGAACCUGUUGAUUAAGAUCGCCAGGGCCCCGCCGCUGCGGUCCGCCCCUUACCUCCAAGCCCCGGCGGCGGCCGAUCCUCUCGCCCUUACUCGCUCCUCAACGCGGCCCAAGCGACAGCCCUCCGUCGGGCAGCCCUCAAAACACCGGAUAAAGAAUCCAGAAACUCCCGAUCGCCUCCACCUCCUCCGAGUCUUCAGUCCCCGCCCUCUCCCCGCCGCCAGCCUCCUCCGUCGCCGCCGUCGCCAGCAACUCCUCCUCGAGGCCGCGCGAGACCGGCCCCCCGCGGCUGACGCCGGGCCGCGCACGCGCCCCUGGGAGAGAGGCUGGAGCGGAUUGUCCAAUCCUGAGCGAGCGUGCGGAGAGGGCCCGCUGAUUGGUCCGCUCUGUUUUACCCCGCGGGCGCUCGGCCGCGCGCACUCGCGCUCCGUGAUCUGCGAAGCGCUCGUCCCAACCGCUGAGUCGUUUCGCCGCUUCGCAGCUUCGCCGCUUCAGCCCACCGUCCCCGCCUCCGUGAAGUCGCCGUGCUUCCGGAGACUGACUCGGAAGCCGCUGAAGGCUCGACGGGUCUGGGAAGCAGUCAUCUCCUAUGGAAAAUCCGGUUCCCUUUAAAGAGACUCCGGGUGUCCUGUCAGGCACGUCAAAAAAUGCCAACGCUCAAAACAGCGGUGACGCCAACACCUGGUGGUGUACAGAGUCCUACACAAUUCCCUGAUUCCACAGACUACUCGUUUCUGAAAACCAGGAAGGAUGUCAAAGGCCACACACACUUGGUUGUCACAGAAGUCUCCGGAGAGGCUAGUCCCAGCGCGAAUCCAUGCGGGUCAUGACAUAGCUAUGCCACCAUCUGGGAAGGGUGGACGCCGAAAGUGCUAUGAAAGCGUCCAUGAGGAACUGGAUUUGGAGCAGACAGAAAUAUGUUCCAUGCAGAAACCUCUUCUGCUGGACCAAAAUCCAUGGCUACAGCCUGUUGAGUUUUCUCCAGGGCACACGUCGUCAUAGACAACUGUCCCUCUGUGCCUUCGUAUAUUCAAUUAAUCAUGUUUUUAUUUCCUCCCACCGUGGUUUUUAAGCACUAUUCCCAAUACACCCAGGCUCCUACCUACUACCCUUUUCGUCUUAUGGGUUGUUAGUGUCCCUGAAGAACACUAUGCCCUCUGAAGUAAGCACACCAUCAGUUUAGGUGCUCAACUUUUUUUUUUUUUUUUUGGAUCCUACUCUUUCUUCCUGGAUCAUCAACUUCAAAUCUUAUUGACAUUUUAAGUAUUUAAAGUUGUUUAUUAGUAUGUAGUAAGACAGCCAAAGACAGAGCUUUUUUACAUACCUCUAAAGACCUCUUUCCUUCUGUCAAACAUUCCUCAGUGGACUCUGAGUGCAGAUGGACCACUUCCAAAUAUAUGUAACUGAACUGUCUGCUUAAUUCAUCUUCUUCACAAAGAGGUGAGAAUUUAUGAAACCUCAAGUAAACUGUCUCCAGAAUUCCCAGAAACUGUUAGGCCACAUACAAAAGAAAGCAGGCCACCUGCUGAGUCACCCUGGCUGAUUUGUAACUAAACAUUACGGAUGAAUAGAGAAAGCCAACUAUAAAACCAACUGUAAGAAAGAGAACAACAACCGGAUGCAUCCUUGCUCCUUCAUCGUCGUCUUGCUAUCUGCUUAUAUCACCUACCGAUGUGUUAAAUUAGUAACCUGCCAUGCUGCUUUAAAUUUGAGGGAACACGAUAGCAUUGUAGUUUGGCCACUGUAAGACAUCUAAAGCCUAAAAUCUCAAAUUUCAAGGUGCUACUAUUUAUCAUUAACUUUGAAAUCCUUAACCGUGGACAUUAUAUCUUCUUUUUGUCUAGUAAAAGAGGUUUUCAUAACUGA